CUAGCACGGCGUCCACCACGUCGCCACCCAGAUCAUGUCGGACCACGCAGCCAACCAAGUCGCCGGCCACGCAGCCGUGCACGGCGCCUCCACGGCCAUCGUCCACCACGGCACCCACCACGUCGCCGAUGGCGUCGGCAUCCACCUUGCACGCAUGGCCGGCGACCGCGGCGCGGGCACGGCGUCGGACCAGGCCUUGCAAGAGACCAUCUACCACUCGACGCACAAUGUCGUCGAACGGAGCAUCGAUACCGCGGGCCACUGGGCCAUUGCCGAAGGAACCGACAAGGCGGUUGGGGAGCUGGCGAGCGCUGCUGUCGGUAUAAUCGAGAGCGCGGUCGUAAUCAAGCGGCCAAGGACAAUUGAAGGGGAGGAUACAGAGGAAGAGAGCGAAAAGGUGGCGGUCGCUGCUGUUCACGUUGAGCGUGUGGUCGAGACAGAGGGGCCAAAGAAAGCGAAGACGCAGGGGCCAAAGAAAGCGAAGACGGAGGGGCCAAAGAAAGCGAAGACGAAGGUGGAAGAAAAAGCAGCGUCUGCUCCUCGGGCUCGCGUCGAGAAGCCGCCGAGUGCUAGUCCUUCCGCCCCAGGCCAGGCGGCGACCGCUCAACCCCCGAGCGACGACAUAUCCCCCCCAACGGCGGCGUGGAAGUCACCCGAGGUGUUGGCUCUGUUCCUGCCUGCCAUCCUGCAGUCAUACACUGGCGGCACCUUCCCGGCCAUGCUGGUGCUCGGCGGCCUCGCGUCCCUCAGCUCCAAGUCGCGCGGGCGCACUCUCCUCGAGGACAUCGUGCUCCCGUUCGCCGUGUUCCAAUACGCCGGCGCCGAGCACGUCUGGGCUGCAUCCUUUUGUCUCGCAGCGCUCCAGGCAACCGGGUCGCGCCGGAUCCGGCGGCUCGUCAAGGCCGUCUUUUCGACGGCGUGGCGCUGGACCAAACUCGCCCCCAAGGUGAUGCUUUACGCGACGGCCGGCUCACUCGCUGCGUACGUGCUUGCUAUUGCGUUUGUAUCCCUUCUUGGUAUUGGAUUUGGGGGUUUUCCAGACGCUGCGGUUAUAGGGUACAUCUGGAUCUUGUGCGCAGUUUUUGUCGGGGCUUCUUCUUUCCUAAGUCGGCAUCGGGUCCCGGGAUUUUCCAAGGUCGUGCUUUACGCGGCGGCCAGGCUGCUCGCCCUGUUCGUGCUUGUCGUCGCAUUCGCUCAGCUCCAACACACUGCCACCGAGUACAUCUGGGCCUCGUGCGGCCUCGAUGUGGCGGUUGCUGUCCGAUGGGCUCGGUCGGUGGGUUGGCGUCAGAUCCUACCAUCUGCCAAUGCCGUGGUUGCGGUGGCGUGGUCCUGGACAGAACUCGUCGUCGAUACCGCACUUUACGCGGCGGCGGGCUUGAUCGUCGCGUACGGGCUUGGUACCGUAUUUGGGGUUCUAGACGCCAGCCCCAAGUAUGACUCGCUCGCAUCGUACGUGCUUUUAUUAUUUCUUGGUCUUGCACUUGGCUGGCUUCUACCCGCCGCCUACGAGCACAUCUGGACCUCGGGCACUGUCGCUCGAGUAGUAGGGGGUGGCAUUGGAUCCCGAGGUUUUCCAAGGCCGCAAUCGCAGCGGCGGGGCGCUGCGUUCUCCUCAUUGUCAAGGUUUUGUUUUAUUUGGCACUUGGAUUACUCGCUAUAUUCCUGCUGUUUGUCCUUGCUCACACGGUCAGCUAGGCUUGCUUUGCUUUAUAUAUCGACCCGGCAACAAGUGGCGAUGGUGACAAACCAUCCCAACCAUGGCUAUCGAAUGACUGUGGCCACUCUGGUGACGAGGCUAAAGGCACUGCAAUUGCACGAGAAGGCGUAAAUAUGUCACAUACCGUCGCUUCCAGCUCAACAACCCUCUCUGGCAGGAACCUGGUAGCUGUAUUGUUUAUGUUGAACUGCGUGUUGCAGGCAGGCGAAGCGGAAGCGUUUUGACGUAGACUGGGGAGCCAAGUGCAGGGUAGAUCGCAGGGAACUGUGCCCUACGGUCCCAGUGCGGGGUAGGUCGCAGGAAACUGUGCCCUACGACCAGAGGC